AUUAUUUCUCGCCCUCUUUCCCAUCUCCUCCUCAUCGCCAUACCACGCCACUCCACGCCACGCCGCGCCACCAUGCCCCCUCGCAAGUGCUAUCGCUGCUCAUCUCGCGCCACACUCCUCCUUCGCAAAACCCUAGCAUCGUGCAGCGAAUGUGCCUGCAAGGCCGUCGAGGUGCGCUCUAAGCCCUUGAUGGAGCUGGCGAGGGGAGCGGCCCUUUUGGAUAGGAAUGGGUUUCUCGACGAGAUGAGGGGCAGGGGCAGCAGUAGCAGCGAGACCACUGGCGAAUCUUCGAGCCAGUCUCAAGAUUCUCGCGGCGCUGUCGCUCUCGCUUUCAGUGGUGGGCCUAGUAGCAGAGCACUCCUUCACAUUGCACGCCGCCUUCUCAAUCCACCGCCGGCCUCCUCUGCCUCCUCGUCCUCGGAAAAGGACAAGGGGAAGCGCAAGCCCGUAGACGUGACGCGUAUUCACGUCAUCUACGUAGACGACUCGGCCCUCUAUCCUUCCGACGAGGGUGGAGCGAGAGAUCUUACGGAGGAUGUGAGGGCAAUUGUAGAGGAAGAAGGGGGAGCAGCAGCUGGGCUGGACUUUGUGCCGAUCAAAUUCGAGGACCUCUUCCAAGGCCAAGAGGAAGGAGGGCAGCUCGUUCUCGCCGCCGGGUUGGGAGAAGAAGCGGGGUCUACAUCCACGUCGACUUCACGAAUACGAGCAACGCGCAGCAGCAGCAACGACCUCUCCUCCCCAUCUCCUCUCACCUCUCUCCGCCGCCUCUUCUCCACCCUCUCCCCUCACUCCACCUCCCCUCGCUCCCUCCAACCCGCCACACGCACCCGCCUCGAAACGCUGCACCACUCUCUCCUCCAACACCUCCUCCGCCACACGGCCGCAGUGCUGGGCUGCUCCACCCUCCUUUUGGGCGAGUCGGCCACGCGCUCCUCCAUUCGCCUCCUCUCCACCCUCUCGACAGGCGGGGGUCACAAGUGGCCCGUGGAAGGCUCAGAAGCCAUUUGGGUCGAUGAGGUACUGGUGCUUCGACCGCUGAGGGAGACGGGGGGAAAGGAGAUAGCCUACUACGUGCGAGAGCGAGGGUUGACCUGUUUGGAGCCACGCUCCUUGCUAGGGUCGGGCGGUAGCAUAGGCGGGUUGACUAGAGACUUCCUCCUCUCCCUCGAGGCCGGUGUUCCCUCCACCGUCUCCACCGUCGGGCGCACGGGGGGAAAGUUGGUCCUCAAGGAAGAGGGGAGCGUGCAAAGCCUGGGCGAGACGAUGAUCCCUUACGCUUCUUCGCAGCAGGGAGGAGGAUGGGACGAGCGUGUCGCCGGACGCAGCGGCGUAGGACAAAAGGGGGAUAGGUUGAUGGCAACCGUCUUGACCCAGACGCAAAGAUGGACUUGGCGCGCGGGAAGCGCGAACGCCAAUGCCAACUCGACGCGAGUCGUGCUACCUUGUCCCCUCUGCGGCUUACCAGCGCAGCAAGAGGCGGGAAGAUGGAGGGAGAAGAUCACCAUGCGUCGUAUGGGGACGCGAGGGGAGGAGGCCGGGACGGGAAAGGCGGACACGGCGUCUACGGAUGCGCGGGGGGAGACGGUCGAGCUGGACGAGAUGCUCUGCUACCCUUGCCUCUCCCUCUUCCUGGACGCGGCUACUGCGAACAAGGGCGAUAAUGCCGGGCUGGUCUUGCCCGGUCAUGUGGGCCGGAUAGUCGAGGAGCGAUUGUGCUACGAGCGGGCAGAGCAGCCUACGAUGGCUACGAAUGGAGGCGGGUCAAAAUCGGUGCAAACGACAGGGGAGGAUGAAGUGGGUGAUCAGCUGGACCUAGACGCCGCGGCUGACGGAGGGCGAAGACAGAUGGCUGCCGCCGCUCCCGGCGUGUCUGCGAAUGGGGCUGGAGGUGGCGAGCAUACAGAAGGGCAUUCGCAGGGAGCGCGCGACGAGGAAUCCGUAGCCAUCCUUCGUCGGCACGCUACGCGACGGCUGGAUCGGAGUGCCAUGGAGGGUAAGAUUGGCGGCUACUUGUUGGAGGACGAGUAGGAGAGAUGAGAGAUGAGAUGCGGAUCGGCAUGAAGAGUGAAUGAAUAAAUCUUCGAUAAUCGCUAUGCUACUGCCGCCGCUACAAGCU